AUGAAAAUGCUAGUAUUUCUAUUUACCUGUUUUGUUAUUGGAUUAGCAAGACUCCCUAUAGAAGGUCCAGAAUGUAAUAUUUAUUUGGAAAAAUUCGGAACUGCUAAUAAUGAAGAUGGAUCAGGUGCUACAAAGCUUGCUUUCUCAGGAGAUGUUUCCUACAUCAUAGGUACUUCUAAUCUGAAGGUAAACUUAAGAUAUUCUGAUGUUGAUCGCUUCAAUGAUCUAAAAUUUUUCGGUCUUGUUUAAGAGGAUGGGAAAAAAGCGGAUGAAACAUGCCUUGACCUUAAACUAUACAAAUUCACAUCAAACUAAUAUGCUGAUGGCAUAGAAGUUACUGAUUUGCCAAUAACACCAUCAAACAAUUUAUAAAAAUAAUGGAGAUAUUAUUCAUUCAUCAUUCCAGGUGAGUAAUUUGAAACAAGAUUAGUAAAGACUUCUAAUUCUAACUAAUAUAUUUACAAAGGAUAUUACGCAAUUGCUUAUUAUGCUGCUGGUACCGACCAACUCUAAUACACAUUCUAUUUUGAUUUCGCAGUAGUUGUUGAUAGAAUGACAAAUCAAGCAGAAACAGCCUUUACACCUUUGAGUCGAAAAGCAACUGCAUCAUGUAACCCUAAUGAACUUUGUGAGAAUUAGGGAGAUAGCAUUUUAAAAUGGUGCACAGAUUUAACUUGUACUGCAUUCGCAUAACAAGACCUUCAUGAAAAUGAUCUAUUUGUCAUAUUAUAAAUGAUGAACACAAGUGAUAAGAAUGAUUACUACUUAAUUGAUACAGAAGUUUGGUUCACUGGUGAUGGAAUCCUUUAAAAAGCUACCCCAAUUUUUGUGAAUAAUUCAAUUAAAGGGUAGGCUAUCAUUUAAUUAUAAGCUGACAUAGCAUGGAAUAAUCUUUCUAUUUAAGUUUCUUCUAUCUUAUCGACUAGUUAAUUUGGAGAAAGAAGAUUGUUGGCCUAAGUGACCUAUGAUACUUAUACCGGACGUCUACCAGAUAUAAAUUGUAUCAAAGCUGAAGGAGCAGAAAUAUGCCCCAAUUGCGAAUAAGAAUGCGAAGUUAAUGGAUUUGCUCAUGAUGGAUGUGAAGCCUGCAAUCAAUCAAAUUUAACUGUAUUGUUAUUAGUGGUUACAUUUUUAUUCAUGAUGAUUUGA